UUAUGAUUGAAGCGGUUCGCUUUCUUCUUUAAUUUCAUUCAUUCUCUCUCUCUCUGCUCUCCAGCUACCUUCAGAAAGAAAACCUAGGCUCCCAUUUACUCUCCCUCCCACACUCUCACAUCCACUCUCCGCUGCACCAUCUCUUCACAUCUUGCGAAACAGAUAUAAUUUUUUAGGAGCACCUCAAUUUGUUCGUUGCUUCAGUUCUUGAGCUUGGAGUAAAGAUGUUGCAGCUGUACACGGUGAUUUUCAGCGAAAUGCUGCUGAUUUUGAUCUUGUUGUUUAAGUCCCCUCUGAGGAAGCUAGUGAUACUGGCCUUGGAUAAGAUGAAGCGAGGGAAGGGCCCAGUGAUGGUGAAGACGGUCGCUGGGACUGUAUUUAUUGUUCUUCUGGCCAACGUCUACAAUCUGGUGGACAUCAAGAACCGAACGAAUGAAUCUGGUGUACUCAACCCUACGGACGAGGUUCUCAUGUCCAUGAAAAUGCUCGAAAAUUCUCUUAUGGGAUUUUUUCUGUUUCUUUCACUGAUGAUGGAUAGGUUACACCAUUACAUAAGAGAACUUCGAUUCCUGAGGAAGGCGAUGGAGGCUGCGAAAAGACAAAACCAAAGUUCUCAAGACGAUAAAAACGGAAGUUCAGAGCAACUUAAGACCUUAGUACAAGAGAAUGAGACAUUGAGGACAAAGAUCGAAACUCUGGAGUCUGAAUAUGAGACGAAAGCAAAGAAGGCAAAGGCGGCAGGAAGUGAGGUGGAGGCCCUAAGAAAGCAAUCUGAAGGACUCCUUAUGGAAUACGACCGCUUGCUGGCAGACAACCAAAAUCUCCGCAGUCAGUUAACAUCAAUUGAACAGAGCGCAUCCCACUCGGAUGGGAAGAAGAACACGUAAUGGAGUGGUUACUUUGGUAAUUGUUGGUCAUCUUUGUCAAUAUCUAACUCUAUGAGGCGUAGUGUAGAUUUGGGAUCGAAGCAUAAAACAAUAUGGCUGCAGUUAUAAAAAUCCUACCCUUAGUUAUAUAUAAAUGUAAUCAAAUGAUGCAAGAAUUUUGUUAAUUCUCGUUUCUAUUCGAUAAAGACUGCUUGUUGAAAAAGUA